GAAAGGUGAUCAAUCUUCAUCAGGCUACAUUUCCAAUCACCUAAACAACCCAGCGAGACAAGCCACUCCGACAAGGUUGGCUGCGCAGAGGGUCAGUGUGAGGGCUCGAGGUAGAUGGUGAGCCGCCCCGGCAGCUGAGGGCAGGCCUGGCCCCAGACGCAACAGAGCUUGAAGGACUUCGCAGUGGGAGGCCCGCACUGCGCCUGGCCCAGGCCCCCUGGAUCCGUCGGGGCGCCUCCACCCAGCUGUUAGCAUGAUGUCUUACCUCAAACAACCCCCAUACGGAAUGAAUGGGCUGGGACUGGCUGGUCCAGCCAUGGACCUCCUGCACCCCUCUGUGGGCUAUCCCGCCACCCCGAGGAAGCAGCGGCGGGAGCGCACUACCUUCACGCGCUCUCAGCUGGACGUGCUCGAGGCGCUCUUUGCCAAGACUCGCUACCCUGAUAUCUUCAUGCGCGAGGAGGUGGCGCUCAAGAUCAAUCUGCCAGAGUCCAGGGUCCAGGUCUGGUUCAAGAACCGCCGCGCCAAGUGUCGCCAGCAGCAGCAGAGCGGGAGCGGGACCAAGAGCCGCCCAGCCAAGAAGAAGUCGUCUCCGGUGCGGGAGAGCUCGGGCUCUGAGAGCAGCGGCCAGUUCACACCGCCCGCUGUGUCCAGCUCCGCCUCGUCCUCUAGCUCCGCAUCAAGCGCCUCCGCCAACCCAGCGGCUGCAGCGGCUGCAGGCCUGGGCGGGAACCCGGCGGUGGCAGUUCCGUCGUCGUUGAGUACGCCGGCUGCCUCCUCCAUCUGGAGUCCGGCCUCCAUCUCGCCGGGCUCAGCGCCUGCGUCCGUAUCGGUGCCCGAGCCUUUGGCCGCCCCAAGCAACGCAUCGUGUAUGCAGCGCUCGGUCGCUGCAGGCGCUGCCUCGGCCGCAGCCUCCUAUCCUAUGUCCUAUGGCCAGGGCGGCAGCUAUGGCCAGGGCUACCCCGCGCCCUCCUCUUCUUACUUUGGCGGCGUGGACUGCAGCUCAUACCUAGCGCCCAUGCAUUCGCACCACCACCCGCACCAGCUCAGCCCUAUGGCACCCUCCUCCAUGGCGAGCCACCAUCACCAUCAUCCCCACGCGCACCACCCGCUGAGCCAGUCCUCAGGCCACCACCAUCACCACCACCACCACCACCACCACCAGGGCUACGGCGGCUCGGGUCUCGCCUUCAACUCUGCCGACUGCUUGGAUUACAAGGAGCCUGGUGCCGCUGCCGCAUCUUCCGCUUGGAAACUCAACUUCAACUCACCUGACUGUCUGGACUAUAAGGACCAAGCCUCAUGGAGGUUUCAGGUCUUGUGAGCCCAGGAGUGGGAGGAAGAGGAGAAGAAACGCAACUACCUGCGCCCUCCGUGGUCCCCAUCCUGUUGCUGCUGCUGCUGCACGCCCGCCUUUGCCUAGGCUUCUCCAGACCUGAAAUUUCAUGCCCCCAAAAGAUGCCCAUUGCUGCACUGCCGCCCUCAUCUUUGUACCAUUUGCUUGGGGGGUGUACAAAUCAUGCCCGCCCCUUGGAUGAGGGGACCGGUGCUUCGGCUUUGGCCCACGAGUUCUCCACAGGAGAGCUGUGUGCUCCCCUCCCUCCUCAACCCCUAACGAUUUCCCAAGUCACCCUCUUCCAGUCUUUCUGGACAGUUUUUAUGCACUUGCAGCCUUUGGAGGCUCUUCGCUCUGACUUGCUGUUUGAGCCCUACACUUUAAUUUAUUCUUUCUGGACACUGGAGUCACUAACUGGCAUGUGUCUGCCCAAUGGAGUGCACCCACGCUCUACUCCAAAUCAAGACAACCACUAAGUGUUUCUCGCGUGCAGACUGCCGCCCCUUCAGCUGCCCUCCGCCCCGCUCCCCGCCAGCAGGACAGAGUUUUCUGGUAUUUCCUUCAACCCAGCCGGAUGCGCUGGGUCCAGGCCCGAGGGAGGAGCGCGGCCCUAGCCUCUCGCGCACAGCCCCGCCCUGCGUAGAACUGGCUCAGGCUUCCGCCCCGGCGGGAAUGCUGUACAUAGUCGGUCCGUUCCAUGGACCACUUAAACUUUUUAGUUGCUGUUGGUUGAACUGAGCAUAUCUCGUCUUAGAGCCCAAGAAAUAGAACUUUAAGAUAUAUACAGCACAUAUAUAUAUAUACACAUAUAUAUAAAACAAAAGCAAAAAAUAUUUUCCCUCUGUCCCCCUUCCUCUCCUCAAGUGAUGGCGCUUUUACUUUUUCAGUUGCAAAGCUUCCCUGCCCUCUCAUACCUUCUCCCUCUGUGUAUUUAUUAAAGAGAAACUUUUGGUUUCAGGAAGCUGCGCGCGGAGGAUCGGAGGAUCGGGAGGGUCUGGGAGUGUGGAGGAGGAAAGAGCCAAGUCAGGGUACAGGGGAGGUGGCUGGCUGGGCGGGGGUGCAGGACUGAGCCCUUUACCAGGUUUAAGCACAGGGUCGCAGUUCCGGCUUAGAGACCCAAACCAAAAAGAAAACAAAAAAAUACAGAAUUAUUGAAAAACAAACAAGCCCAGGCCCCAAACCCCGGUUCAGUUCCCCUGUCGGCUUCUCUGUCUUUAAGCAAUCCUGUUUUGUCUAGUGAGUUUUUAGUGCACCUUCAUUCUUCGAAAUCUGCGGAGAGCCCGCGCCUGUAUAUCAAUUUUGGCUUUGGCCGUUUUGUCCAGUAGGUGGGAAAGGAAUUUGUAAAUUUGAUUUGUCCGAUGUGAAGAUCGCAAAUUACUUGUUGAAAUGUAAGGCAGUCCCCCUUCUCCCCCUUUAUCUACAUUAUUUCCCCAAAAUAAAUGCAAAUUAAUGAACGGCUUGUCAGUGUUGCUCUUCUGAUUCCAGCCCAGGCCCUGGUCUUGGAUGGGUGGGUGAGGGGGCUAAAAAGAGGGAAACCCCUGUGUUAACAACCCGCGUGUUAAUAACUUGUGUGAAGCUGGAGGCCAAAAGGAGUCCCCAGAAUCGCUCUCUUAGGGAGGGUCUUCCCUCCUGGUCAGCCCGGGCUCUUCCCCCAGGCGUUUUGACCCCGCUUCCCCUCUCGCCAUCCAGGACAGAGACAGGUGUCAGUACUCAAUUCCCGAAGCAAUUCCUUUCUCUUCAGAGGCAGGAGCCUGGCACUGAUUUCUUCACCCUAAUUGCCUGCACCAGAAAGAAGAGGGGGAGGGGAAGAGGGUUGGGAGGCGGGAAAGGAUAGCUCUGUAAUGCUCUCAGAGCUGAGCCAAAAGGAAAAGAAAACAAAACGACAAAAAAAAAACGACCCAUGUCUUGCAUGUUGGCAGCAGACAACCUUCCUUUCUGCUGAGCUGUCCCAGGUGGCUUCACGGAGGCUGGGGGACUCCAAGUCAUCCCUUCCACACGUGCUAAGAUGUCCCUUUAAAUCUUCAAACCCCUGCCAGAAAUACCCGAACUAUCUUUAUUCGUAUUGUGAAGUUUCUAUAAAGCGUAAAUACAAAAUCUAGAAAAGUCCAUAGGGACGCGUUUCACUUUGGCCGGGAAAGAAGACUCCCGGCUUGCAGCAGGGGGUCGGAAGUCCUGUACCACCUUCCCCUGAAGACGACCGGGGUGGCUUAGGGAUUAGGGAUCCUCUAGAAGACCCAGAGUCCAGACUUUGGUCUGAAACCUCUUAGGUAUAAGGCCCAGAAGUUGCUCAACUUGUCCACGAGCGGGAAGGAAAUAAGGAAACAACGAAAAGUUUCCUGCGAAGUCACUGACACACCCUACUCUUUUUAUUCUGUGUGAGACCGAGUUUGGAGAACGACCCCCUCCUCCAGGGUCCAGCGCCGAGCAAGGUCUCAGGGCUGCGAACCCCGGCUGGAGAGAAGCCUUCUCAGCCGCGUCCUCCCUCCGGACUCCGAAGGCCCGGCUCCGGCGCACCGCGCCUU